AUGAGGGACAAGGUGGACGCCUUUCUGGCCGAGGAGCCGGCGACGGCGCUGCUGCGGAGGGCGCAGGAGCAGGCGCGCGUGUCGGUGCGCGUCGUGGAGGAGGCGCUGGAGAGAUAUCGGCCGGAGGAGUUGUCCAUAUCAUAUAAUGGCGGCAAAGACUGCCUCGUGAUGCUCAUUGUGCUGCUCGCCUGCUUCGCCCGUCGAUACGCGCCCCCGAGACACGCUGCCCCCGGCGCAAACGCUCCCAACGGACCGUCUUCUUCUUCUUCUUCUUCCUCCUCCUCCUCCUCCUCCUCCCAUCUGCCGCCCUUUCCCGAGAAGCUGCACGCCGUCUACAUUGUGUCCACGGAUCCCUUUGCCGAGGUGGACGACUUCGUCGAGGCCAGCAGCGCCGACUACCACCUGGACGUCAGCCGCUUCAUGCUGCCGAUGAAGAAGGGGCUGGAGGUGUUCAAGGCGCAGAACCCCAGCAUACGGGCCAUCUUCGUGGGGACGCGGCGGACGGAUCCGCACGGCGAGAAGCUGAAGCACUUUGACCCGACGGACGAGGGGUGGCCUGAUUUCAUGCGGAUACAUCCGGUGAUUGACUGGCAUUACACGGAGAUUUGGGCUUUUACUCGACAUUUGGAGGUUCCUUACUGCCCUCUGUAUGACCAGGGAUACACGAGCCUUGGAGGAAGAAAAGAUACGCUACCGAACCCUCGACUGAAGAAGGAAGGCAGCGAUGAUGAGUUUCGGCCGGCGUACGAGCUGGUAGACGACGACGAGGAGCGACUUGGCCGGCGUAGAUGA